AGGAGGGCACACUGGCAAGAGGUGGAGACUCUGUAAAACAAAGGGCUCAAGACUGAUCAACCACCAGUGGAGUCGUGUUUGUGCAUUAAGGAGGAACAGACAAAAUUUUCUACUCUUCGACAUGGAUGAGUUUGUUUGUAACAAAUUAACUGAAUGGGGUCUCAGCAAGUGGAUACCGUGGUUUAAAGAGGAAGGAAUUGACAUGGAAAGUUUUUCCUGUCUUAAUGACCAAGACAUUGCUACCUUAAUCCCAAAAGUUGGACCAAGGGCAAUAUUCAGGAGGAGAUUCAAGUUGUCAAAGGAUCAUGAAGAAGCAGCUGAUUGUGCUCCAGUUUUGCCAUCCACCAGUAACACAAGCAAUAAAGGAAAGAGAAAGUUGGAUCUUCAGGGAGAGUCCAGCAUAUCACCGGCUAGUAAACGACCAUGUGAAAAAAAAAUGCAACCCGAGGAAAUACUGUCUGAAGUGAAAAACAUAAUGACAAAUGUCAAGAAUAAACUACCAGAUGAAGACAGCGGAGGGCUCAGUGAUUUCCUGAAGACUAAAAUCAGUGAUUUGAAGAUAGACAAGAGGGAGCUGGUCGGUGUCUUUGGUAGAACUGGGGCUGGAAAGAGCUCUUUGAUAAAUGCCGUCAUUGGAGAGAAGAAUCUUUUGCCCUCUGGAGAUGUCAGUGCAUGUACCUCAGUCAUGAUUAAAGUGGAGGCGAACAUGCACAACCCAAAGUAUGAGGCAGAAAUUGAGUUCAUUACAAAAGAGGAUUGGGAAGAAGAGUUGUGGUACUUGAAUCGCCUUUCUAGGGAUAAUUCAGGUCAGGAGAAGGAAAACGAUGAUGAUGGUGGUGGUGGUGGUGGUGAUGAUGAUGAUGAUGAUGAUGAUGAUGAUGAUGAUGAUGACGACGACAACGACGAUGACGACGACGACGAUGAUGAUGACGAUGGUGAUGGCACUGCUGAAAAGCUGUCAGCAGUGUAUAGAAAAGAAUGGAAAAACAAAUCCCCUGGAGACCUCAUGGAAAGCAAAUAUUUCAGAGAGAUUAAAGAAUUUCUCCAAAACAAGAACAAAACUUUGACACGUGAAUCAGCUGAAGAGCUGUCUGUAGAAAUUGCCAAAUACACAAGAAGUGACUCAGAGGAGGGAGAAGGUAAAGAAGCAAAGAGGCAAUACUGGCCACUGGUGAAGUGUGUGACUGUCAGGGUGCCUAAUAAUGACUUUCUCCAGCAUGUCACACUUGUGGACCUUCCUGGAAGUGGAGACCGUAACAAGAGCAGAGAUGAAAUGUGGAAAGAGAUUGUUGGAAGUUGUUCUACUGUGUGGAUCGUGACUGACAUUAAUCGAGCAGCAGCAGAGAAAGAACCCUGGGAGAUCCUGGAAAAUGCCAGUAGCCUCAUGGGAAAUGGUGGCGAGUGUCAGCACAUUCACUUCAUCUGCACCAAGUCUGAUCUUAUUGAAAAUGUGGACAAUUAUUCAGCAGCUGAUCGCAUAUCUGAAAGAAACAAGAAAGCCAAGACAAAAGUGAUCAGAAAAUUCAGGAAAAAAAGUAAGAUUAAGAAACACUUCAGUGAGGACUGUUUCAAAGUGUUCACAGUGAGCUCCACAGAGUUUCCAGAAGGGAAACGUCUGAAGCCAGAAGAAACUGAAAUACCCCAACUUCAGGAAUUUCUUCAAGGUCUCAAUGACUGUCACUCAGAGACAUUAAACUAUGUGUCUGGAGCUUACGGGAUUCUGUCUCUGAUUCAAGGGGCAAGAUGCAAAGAAGAGGCUGGCAUAAAAACAGAUGUGUGUGCAAAGCUUGAAGCAACCAUGAAACAUGAACUUGAUAGAGUCCGAAAACCCAUGGAAGAGGCUUAUGAGGCUUUUGAAAAAUGUCUUGUUGAGGGGGUUAAAAAAUCAAAAGGUUCAUGUGAAGGAAACUUGAAGUCCAUCUUACAUCCUAGAAAGGUAUCAGGUGGAGCUUUUCACAGGACACUGAGGUGUAUACUUGAGAAAAAAGGCACCCACAAACCAAAAAAAGGGAAGCAAAUAAAUAUCAACAUGAAGUUAAGUUCACGCCUGACUAACAGCAUUGAUGAAAACUUCAGGAGGACCUUCCCAAAUGACGCAAAAUGUGGACCAUUCAACGGAGUCGUCAAAACAUUUUCACUUGACACACAGAAGUUGAUUCCAAAGUACAAAGAUGUCGAACUGCAACUGAUUUUUCUUCAGACAGAGGAGGAAAAAAUUAAGACAAGAGUCAACAAAAUUAUCCAGGACAGUAAGAAAACAAUCUACAACAGUCUGACGGAGACAAUCGAGAAAGAAAUGCAAGACUGCUACAAAAAAGCAGCAAAAUUUAGAGGACAGGACACGCUGAAAAACAUGAGGGACACUAUUGAGAAGCAUGUACAUGACUCAAAGGACACUAUGUUUGACAUGGCCAAAAAUGAGAUGUUGAGACAACUGGAUGAACUGAAGACGUUCAUCCUGGAGGAACUGGAGAGAACUCUGAAGGAAUCAAUUGAGCUGUCACUCAAAACAGAUGAUCACUCAAUCCCAGAUUUUUCAUUAGAGCUUGGCAUGGUGAAGAGAUAUUAUGAUGAACUGAAGUCCUGCAUGGAUGAAGAAAUGUCAUCAGUAAGCAGCUGCACUGAGUCCAUGACAUGGGAACAGGUGUUUUAGAUUUGCUCAGUGGAAAGAAACAGCAGAGGCCUGAUCACCUACUGAAUGUCCCCGCAGACAUGAGGUCUCUGGAUUUGUGCGCAGCUAUUUUUAUCAAGUUAUUAUCUUUGUUCUCUUUGAGUGGUGGUUUGUUAUGUACUUUGACUUUGUUUUUUUGUGAAUUAAUGUAGAGAGAUUUUAGAUUUUUUUGGUCUGAUAUUAUUGACAUUAACUGAUGAUAGUACAGAGGCAGGUGGCUGACAUGUGAAGGUCUACAUGGUACUGGUCUCUGCCAAUGCCCCAGAGGCUUUGUGUUUUUAAUGAUUUAAUAGUUUUUUUUUCUGUCCAUGACUUUAUUUUGUGACUCAAGUGUUUGAUGAUUGGGAUAGGAGUACCACUGAUUAUAUGGCUGUUUAAAUGAAACCUUGAACCUUGAAUAAAUGAUUUGAUUGUGGGUUGGAUUUCUCAA